AUGUCGAUCAAAUCCUCUACCUUUGCCGCAUUUCGAGCAUUAACACGACAAACCAGCCGCAAAACCCUACCUCACAUAUCCGCAUCCUCAUCCUCGAGACCCAUCCCUUCACCAUUUUCUCCCCUCCUCAUAACGCAGCUCCACCCCCGCCACUACAGCCGCGCCCGACCCCUCACCGACUCACCUCCAUUUCCCUCUCCCAUCACCUCCGCACCCCGAGCCCCCCAGCCCUCCUACGACAUAACCUUCACCUGCACGCCCUGUUCCGAGCGCAGCACCCACCGCAUCUCGAAGCAAGGCUACCAUUCCGGCUCGGUGCUCAUCACCUGUCCUUCGUGUAAAAACCGGCAUGUCAUCAGUGAUCACCUAGGGAUAUUUGGGGAUCGCAAAUUGACGAUUGAGGAUUUGAUGGAGGAGCAGGGAAUGCUGGUUAAGAAGGGGACGUUGAGUGAGGAUGGGAAUAUCGAGUUUUGGAGUGAUGGGACGGCGACGGAGAGGAAGAAGGAGGGUGGAGAGGGGGAGGCAGCGGGGGGUGAUGGGGGGAUUGAGGGGCCGAUGAGUUAA